AUGACCAACGGUGCUCAAGUUUGGGGCCCCCUUACGGUAGCCACCAGACUCGCAACACAGCUGAUUCCGGACGCGCCUCGCACAUUCAGAACGUCACCCGAACAGCUACCUGAUCAGGCCGCUGAUGACCAAGACCAGCUACGCAAAACCCGAUUGUUCUGGGCAAUCUAUGCUCUCGAUUCCUAUGUCAACAUAACAACCUGUCACAACGGCGAGCUGCUUGAUCGAAGUAUAGAGCGGCUCCUGCCAAACCGUGCACUUGCAUGGGAAACGCCCGGAGGUCCGUUAUACUCACGGUCAGAAAACCAGUCAAUGUCAAUCGAUCCACAAUAUGUUUUCAGCCACCAUUUAGAAGCGUUGGAUCUUUCGCGAGAAAUCCACCGCAUCUAUGUCGAUUUCAGCUACCAUAAGUCCUCAGGUGAAGCUGACACUGUUGGUGACUGGAUCAGCAGGGUUUUGUCGUGUUCCGCAGAUUUAUUCGACUGGUCAGCAAGAUUACCUCGCAUGCUGCAAAUGGACGCAGUUCAAGAAACAGCCAAAGUUACUCCUCGCUGCUUCUCUUCACUUGUGAUGCUGCAUGGGUACUGGUGCGCUCUUGUAAUCCACCUGCACAGUAUGGUAAUAUGUCCGACCCUGCCGGAGUGUCCGCGUCUGAGCGAAGUCCGGAGUCAAAGCCAUGAGCACUGCACGCGCGCUGUAGAACAUCUCAUAGGGAUGAUCGGCCGGAUCAGAGGCACCACACUGAAACAACUAGGAUGGCCUUUCGCUUGGUCCCUCUGGACAGCUCUGCGAUAUCUUCUUGCCUGUCAAGUCCAUUCCGGGAUGCAAAUUUUGGAUGGUUGGGACACCCUUUUGCGGUGUCUCCAGGCUGCUGCAAAGUAUUGGCAGAUCGGCAUGAAGUACUGGCGCAUGCUCAAUCGAGCCAUGUCAGAACUCCAACAAAGCAUGUCUAGUCCACUGCUAGGGCCACCUAGGUUCCUAUCGUCAGUCGUAGAUUUGCGAAUCUCAACCGCAGACCUAGAGGAUCGCUUCAGGGUCGAUCCUGUGUUGCAUCAAAGAGACGAUGUACCGGAGCACUCCAAUAACACCGAUGCUACCCGAUUUGGCUGUGAGUAUCCGGAUCCUCGCGCAGUUGAGAACAACUUGGCUACGGAAAUGUCCAUCUACUCCACCAGCAUAUUCCAGGACCCGGAUACCUGGUAUAAUAUGCCUCUCUAUGCAACAUCGGCUUAUCAACAAUCGUCUCAAUCAACAUUUGACAGCACAGCAGCUUAUCCGUAAACUGGAACAGCAAAGUCCACAAUACUGGCCGGCGAGGCCGUCACAAAGGCACUGAAAAGUGCAGGAACAAUGCCUUGGACGAACAUGUUGGCAGAGG